AUGCAAGAUUUCGCCGAAAAAUCCAGCCAUCUACGAGGAGUUCCUGCAGAAUCGUAUCAUGACAUCCAGCCACGUAUACUUAUUGGGAGUAAUAACGCUAACUUGGGAUAUGUCCUCAAGGGUCGUGAAGGUGAAAUGCAUGAGCCAGUAGCUACAAAGACCCGUCUGGGGUGGACCGUCUACGGUGAGUGUGAUCUACGAAUUCGGCAAUUCUGUGGUUUUCACGACGUUCAUAUGUGUCAAUGCAAUGGUGCUAAAGAUGAAACAUUGCAUCAGGCGAUGCGUGAUUACUUUUCCAUCGAUGGACUAGGUAUAACGAAGUCAACGGUGCUGGUAGAGUCCAAUGAUGAUCGUAGAGCUCGGAAAAUUUUAGAGUCAUUCUCGCGAAGGGAUGAUGGUCGUUUUGAAGGACGUCUUCUCUGGAAAUACGAUAAAUUUAGAGUUCCGGAUAGCAAACCACAGGCCACGCGUCGUUAUGAAUGUCUGGAGGCAAGGAUGAGAAAGGACCCUUCACUAGCAGCGACUCUUCAUGAGAAAAUGCAGGAUUAUGUUGCGAAAGGUUACAUAAGGAAACUGAGCGACGAUGAGAUUGGAGAAGAUUUUCGAAGAGUGUGGUACCUACCGAUAUUUCCGGUCGUUAACCCCAACAAACCGAACAAAGUUCGCAUCGUAUGGGACGCAGCAACGAAGAGCCAUGGAAUCGCUCUAAAUUCACUUCUCCUGAAAGGCCCGGACCAAAACACGCCGCUUACUGACGUUCUCGUCAGGUUUCGAGAACACCGAAUCGCGGUUUGCGGUGACAUCCGCGAGAUGUUUCACCAGGUGAUGAUCUCUGAAGAAGACCAACAUUACCAAAGGUUUUUGUGGAAAGAAAACUCUAGCGACCCAAAACCCAGUACGUAUGUCAUGCAAGUUUUAACCUUUGGCGCAUGCUGUUCUCCGAGUAUCGCGCAAUACGCCAAGAAAGUCAACGCAAGAGAACAUGCAGGUCAAUAUCCUCAAGCAGCAGCAGCGAUAACAGAUAAUCAUUACGUGGACGAUAUGUUGUUGAGCGUGGAAAGCGAGGCGGAAGCGAUUCGAGUUGCGGAAGAGGUUCGAUUUAUCCAUGGACGAGCCGGGUUCGAAAUGCGGAACUGGAUCUCCAAUUCCCCAGUAGUAUUGGCAGCUUUAAAUCAACCGGAUUGUCUAGAAAAAAGUCUUAACUUAGAUUCGGAACUGUCUACAGAGAAGGUGUUGGGCAUGUGGUGGUGCACUGCUACAGACAGCUUUACCUAUCGGUUAUCUCGAAGGCACGACGCAGAACUUUUGUCCGGCAAACGCAUUCCAACGAAACGAGAAGUACUUCGGACACUUAUGUCAGUUUUCGAUCCGUUAGGAUUUUUAGCUAAUCUGAUGAUUCAUCUAAAGAUAAUCCUGCAGCAAAUUUGGAGAAUUUCCAUAGGGUGGGAUGAACAGAUCCCGAAGAAUAUUUUCGAUCGCUGGUUAGAAUGGAUCGCUGUUUUGCCGAAGGUUGAAGGCAUUCGCAUACCGAGAUGUUUCCGUUUAGAGGUUUCAAUUGAGUCAGAUACGAUAGUUCAGCUGCAUACGUUCGUAGACGCAAGCGAGUUAGGAUACGCCGCAGUUUUGUACCUGCGCUUCAAACAGCAAGAAAGGAUCGAAUGUGUUAUAGUUGCCGCAAAAUCCCGCGUAGCUCCCCUGAAAUUUGUAUCUAUACCGAGAAUGGAGCUUGAAGCGGCCUUAAUUGGAGCAAGACUAGCUGAUUCAAUUUGCAAGGCUUUAAGUUUAAAGAUAAACCAACGAGUAUUUUGGAGUGAUUCCAGAGACGUUCUGUGUUGGAUCCGAUCAGAUCACCGGCGUUAUUCCCACUACGUAGCACACCGCGUUAGUGAAAUACUCGAACUAACCCAAAUUUCAGAGUGGAGAUGGAUACCAACAGACGAAAAUGUUGCCGAUGAAGGUACCAAAUGGCAGAGAUCACCAGAGCUGGCAAAUGACAGUCGUUGGCUCAACGGGCCAGAGUUUCUGAGGGAGGACGAGUUAACAUGGCCAACCGAGCAAAUUAGUCGUGAAAUCACCAAUGAAGAACUAAAGGCAGCAAUUUACUACCACGAACAAGUACAUCAGGCACCUGCUAAUCUAUUUGAUACGACGAGGUUUAGCAGCUGGAACCAUCUAAGACGAACGGCGGCAUGGGUUCGAAGAUUCAUCGUCAACAAGGUUCUCCAAUUCAAAAACCAACCACUUGUUCUAGGCCCUCUUUCAGGACAAGAAAUUUAUCGCGGUGAAAUGAUUUUGUUUCGUCAAGCGCAAUAUGAAAAGUUUGCAGCAGAAAUCUUAACACUUUCAAACGAUAGAAAUGCACACAAACUUCUCCCAAGAUCGAGUUCGAUCUAUGAACUUUGGCCGUUCUUAGACGAAGAUAAAGUUUUACGAGAAAAAACGCGUAUUGGAUCCUGUGAAAUUGCCAGCAUGGAUGCCAAAAAUCCCAUAAUACUUCCUAAAUCGAGCCACAUAUCAAAGCUAAUAGUUAAACACUAUCACGAACAGUUUUAUCAUCGAAAUCAUCGCACCGUGUUGAACGAGCUGAGACAACGUUUCCGUAUAGUACCACGCUUCGCAAGUGUUCUCCGGAAGGUACGAGCAGAAUGUCAAGUUUGCAAGAACCUACGAUCAGUUCCACAACCUCCUCCUAUGAGCAAUCUUCCUGCAGCAAGAGUUGGCCCCGUAAUUGUUCAGUCUUCGAGGAACGAAGAGCUGAAGAUCCCGAUUAUUCAAACCUCGAGGUCGGACGCUAAGUGGAAGAACUCCCAAAAGUGCGGGAGAGUCGAUUCUUGA